UGUCACAAAAAUGAUUUUUUCCCCCAGCUCCCAACGAGAAUUAUUUAAAUACUUCCUGAGAUAGUAAAUUAUUUAGAUGUUAUUUGACGACUCCAGUUAGUCGUUAAAAAGAGAGUAUGCAUCAGUGAAAAUGUGCUUUUAACCAACCACGGAUUUCUCUGUGAAGAUGGUAUGUCUGUUUGUUACGUGGAUAAUUUUUUCCUCCUGAUGAGGAAUAUCUCUGGAUUUAGUUAGUCAUCUAGAUGUAAUCUGAAUACUUAAGUUAGUAUUACAAGUAACUUACAGGUAAUCAUGUACAUGCACUAGUCAUAUAUUUCUUUCGCCUUGCAAAUAAGAAACAAAAUUAUAUUUUCCAGUGCCAUAAAUUUUUUCACUUACCUGUAUGGCAAAAUAUAAAAUUAGGCUAUUUGUGACCGGGUGUUUCCUUUUAAUUCUUUUUUUUUUAAAUUUUAUUUGUUUAUGUACUUAUUUAUUUGUAUAAAUCAUUUAUAGUUAAUAACUGUCAUUUUUGUUCUAUAAUUUGGAUCAAAGUCGAGUCAAAAACGUAUCAUCUAAUUUUAUAUAUGCAGUAUUACAUUUUAUCAUCACAAGGUGAUUGGGAUUGGAACCUAAAGCAUAACAGUCUACUUGAAAGUUAUUCAGAAACAGGAUAUAUAUAUUUUAAGUAACAACAUCCAUCAUUCCAUCCAAUGCCCAGGGGAUCAUAAUGCCAAAAUAACUGACACUUAGGGGCAGGCUUCACCGACCUUUUGUUUACAUCCGCAUGUUAAUUCAAUAACUUGAAGAUGGAACACAAAGAUCAUUGCCAAUGAGUGUGAAUAGAAAGGUUUGUAUGCGGUCACGGUUGGAUGAUACUCUCACAGUAAAUUGGGGGUGAAGACUAAAUGGAAUAGGGAUAAUUUGCUUUGCAGUGAAAUCUCAUUGAUUAUUUAAGAACCAUCCAUGUGCACGCCAAAGAUAAUAAGGUCUAGGGAGUCAACACACAGGAAGACUUAAGUCUAGUUAUUCGCACAUAUUUAGCAGCUUGUAAUCCCUGUGGAGAUUAGUGAAGACAGAGCACCGGAUCAUUAUUACGUUUCUAUUUCAAUCUCUUAAAGGCAAACAGCAAGUGUCUACGAAUCAAUUGAAUGUACAAUGUCUAAUGAGAAGAAGGGAAUAUGACUGUUAAGAUCACAUUUAUUUCUAACUUUCUUCAAGUGGUCAUACUUGAAUGAGAAUGUGCACUGUUUUUAAUGAGAAGAAAGGAAAACGACUGAGUCACAAUGUGGAUAUGAAUUAACACACUGCUUCUAAUGAGAAGAGAGGAAUAAAAUAGACCAUGUUAUAAAUUUUCAUCAUUUUCUUCAAGUGGAUAUGAGCAGGUGGAUAUAAAUAAAUGGGGAUGUUUCACUGUUUCUAAUGAGCUGGAAUACUCAAGACUGGAAGUUGAAAUUCUUCACAUCUAAACAAACAAGACCGCUUUGAUACCAUUUAAGUUGUUACCAGUUACACAGAUGGACCAUAAAUUAAUGAUCAACCUAGUUUCCUUGAAAAAAGCAUGUUCUAGUCAAAGCUAGAGUCUUUUCGUUUGUUGCUGUUAACAUAAUGGACCUCAUAGUUACAUGCAGUCAGGCUAUUUCUUGGAAUUUAAAUGAUGAACUGCAGUCACCAACUGAAAGGAAAUAGCAGAAUUAUGAAACUCUGUGGAAGACAAAGACAUGAAAACUUAGUUCAAAAGCAGCAACUACAGUGCAAAUACAUUUAAAAGACUGUUGUUCCUUAAAUGCCAAAUCAACAGGACAAUGCUGGUUUCAAAAAUAUUCCAAAUGUGCACCACGUCUGUUCAUGCUCAUAGCUCUAUCAUAUACCCCAGGAGGCACUGGAUAAAUAAUGGUAUACAUGUCCACUUCUGUGCAGUUAUUGUUAUCAUCAUCAUUUUGGCAACAACUGUUGUGGUAGAUGGACAAGACACCAAGGUCAACAAUCUGGAGAAAACCAAGCAGUACAGGAGACUAGGGGCUUUGUGUUACAAAACGCUGCCACUGGGGCGUUACUGCGGACAGGUGCGUGACCAGUGCUGCGGGAUGAUGGAAUGUAUAACCUACGAUGAGGAAACAGACAGCUGGCCAGCAUGUCCAGUGUACGCCCUUUACAAAGAAUGUAUCUGUGGACCUCCAGCAGGCUUCCAACAUAUACACAGAGUGAAGCCAGCGGGGGAGAAAAAAUAUGACCCUUGCCAUAAUCGCAUCCCACAAGGCAAACCGUGUGGCAAAAAACAAGAUGGCUGCUGUGGCGUGAUGCACUGCCUCCAGUACAACUGGAAACCCUGUCCCAGAGAUGCCGCCCAAGAAGACUGUAUGUGCAUGCCUAAAGGGGGCGGUAUUGUUGCCCUGCUAGCUAAAUAUGGCAACGAAAACCAGGCACCAACAACGAAAACUUGACCUGACAGUCAGGCUGGACAGUUGAAGUUGAUUCAUCGACUAAAAGAGCCUAGUUCUAUUUGGCUUGCAAAGUGAAAAAUUACUGACUCAGAGUCUAUUUUGAAAAUGAUUGGACAUUGAUAUGCAAAAUAUGAAGAAUAAUAAAGAAUUCAAUGUCAUGUUAACUGCUAUAAAUUGUACUGUUAUAAUCUGUCAUAAAGAAAGUUUUAUUAUAGUCACUUUGUGUAUGAAGAAAUAUUGCUGAGAAGUGCACCUGUCCUUGGUUUCUAUCCCAUACUGUAUAGAUCAAAUUUAAAUCUGGGCCUUUUCGUAUAUAUAAAGCAGUGCAUAUUUGUGUGUAGCACCAG